AACCAGGUGAAAAUUGCACAACUUGACGGCAUCACUCCCAUUAUUGCCGCCAUGGAGAAACAUUCCAAUCAUCAGCUUUGCUUGCAGUACUGCUGCUGGGCUCUGAAAAAUUUGUCAUUGAAUGAGGCCAACAAAAAGAAGAUUGCGGCUUCUCGAGCACCUCGAUUGAUUGUUGACGCACUCAGAAAUUAUCCAGGUCAUGCUGGAAUAGUUGAGGAGGCCUGCGGCUGCAUAAGGAAGCUUGUAUGGGGCAAUGCCGAUAAUCAGAACAGAAUUGCUCAAGAAGGUGGCAUCGAGGCUAUCAUCAAUGGAAUGACUAUGCAUGUGAGUAAGGCAUCGGUUCAGCAACAAUGUGGCCUCGCUCUUGGAGAUUUGGCAUGGAGUAACGAAAGCAAUCAAGCGAGAAUCGGUCGAUCUGGAGGGAUUCCUCCCAUCAUUGCUGGCAUGCAUGCACAUCCCACCCACUCAGGCACUCAGGGUGGCCUCGCUCUGGGAAAUUUGGCCUCCUUGUGCGUAGCAAACCGCAAGAUCAUCGCACAUGCGGGUGGCAUCCCAGCGAUUUGCAAGAGCAUGAAAACGAACUUGCAAUACCCCGGCGUCCAGGAAUACGGCUGCUGGGCUUUGAGGCACUUGGCGCUGGACCCAGACUGCAAAGCGAUAGCGAUCCGAGAAGGAGCUCCACAGAUCAUCCGUCAAGGGAUGCAAGAGUAUCCGAAUCGAGCCGGAGUACAAGAACAGGGAAACUGCGCGCUAAAGAAUCUACUAGGCUGAGUGUGCUAUGUCUAGAAAAUCUUACCAAGCUCAAUGAAUGUGGAGCGAUUGUC